CACAUGUACCCUAGAACUUAAAGUAUAAUAAUAAUGAUUAAAAGAAAAAAAAAUAAGCAAACUCAAAUUAAAAUUCCCAAUAAUAACAAUUAGCUACAUUUUACAUAUAUUCAGAAAAUAAGAUAAAGGAAUUAUGUUUAUUUCCUAAAGUCGCACAGCAAGUUGAAGAUCAGUCUGAGAUCCCAUGUGGACCACUGGCUCCUGCAUUAACCCAGGAAUACUUCAUUUGUAUCUGUGUAUUUAGCUGGGAACUUGAAGGUUCAUUGGCAUGGUGUGUGUUUUAUUUUUUUUUGGUUUGGUUUGCACAAAAACAUGGCUUACCUAUUCAUGAUUCUUUCUGAUUUUACCUCAUUUACUGAAGGCACUAGAAGAAAGCCAUCCUGCAGUUUCAUAGGCAGACAAGGCAACAGAUGAACCAUUUCCACUUUAGGACACCCACACCCUCAGCCUACUGCCUUUGUGAUUCAGAACUGUCAGGAGAGAGAUUUCUAAAAUGCUGUUGAAAUCUUCAGGUUCACACUACCAUGUGUUGGUCUGCCAGGAAUUUGACCCUCCCAAGUUUCAUGACUUGAGCUUGAUCUUCCUUUUUGUUCCAGGCACAGAGAACCUGAUGAUAAGCCCUCAUUGAUGGAAGUAAUGAGACAGUAGACAGCAGUAUGAAAGCUACUGUCAGGAUUCUACAUAUUUAUAAUUUAAAAUGAAAUGUAUUAAAGUUAUUCCUCUCUCCCUUCCUCACACCGCUGACCUGCCUGCUGAGUGUUUCUCCCUUCAAGUCUGCCUUUAAUUCAAUUCACUCAAAUGAUGUUUAUCAAUUAUAUAUUGUGCUAGACAUGGUAUUAUUCACUCUAGAUAACAAAUGAGGUGCAAAAGAGACACAGCCCCUGUCCUGGAGCUAACAGGCCAGUAAGGGAAACGGCCAUUCUUAAAAAUUAUUUGUAAAUACAAACACUACAUAAAUAUAGCACCCACAGCCAACUGUACUAAAUGCAAAGACCAUAAUUCAAUGAGAGAUAAUAGUGGAAACCUGGUUUAAGGUAGGAGAUCAAGGAAAGUUUUUCUGAGGAAGUAUCAUUUUAUCUGAAAACUGAAGAAUGAUGGAUGAUGUAUACAGGAUAGGGGGCAGAGAAUAUGUGCAAAGAUUUCCAAUUAGAAAGAGAAGCUUAUGUGAAGAGCUGAACAAGAGAAAUAUUUUCCCGAUGUUACAUGAUGCAGCUUAUUUCAAUGCAAAUGUCUACAUUCAGAAGAAGGCAACAAAUCUGAAUUCCUCAGAGUUAAACAGACUGAAGUCAAGUCCUAGCACAGUCCCAUUACCUACAUGAGUAGAAUCGUCUACUCCCCAUGUGUUGAGUGGUUGCUGAGCUGCUGCAAAUGUCCCAGAGAAAGAGAGUUGCCAUCGGUCUUGGGUUAUUUAAUAUAUUGUGUCACUUUUUGUUAAAGAGUUUAAAACAACUGAUUUAUGAUACUGUUUAGAUGUUCUUGCAAUUUAUAAUUUGAUACUUGGUUUUCACAAGUUUAUGUAUAGUUUAUUAACAUAUAUACUUUUCAUUUAGGGUUUGUUGGAGUUCUCAUGAACACUCUUUAGGCUACUGCAAAACCAAAAAUUAAAGUGUGAGAUGUACACAAGUAUUUUCAUAGCUAAGAAUGUGAACCCACUCCUCUUGUACUAUCCUGUAAGGAACAAUGGAAAUAGUCAUUUUUCAAAGUAUUUGUAUAUUUAUCAAAUUUCAGAGAUCAUUUAGUCCUAAUAUAUCAUGUUCUACUGUGAAAAAUCAUGCCAGAAAUACCAAAAAAAAAAUCUUGCUGCUUUGUUUUAUACACAUUUGUUAUAAUGUAGACUUUGUCUUGGCAGUCAUUUGCACUCUCUCUUCAAAUUCUACAUAGAAUCUUUUGGAAAUUGGAUUUCAUGAAAGAAAUUUCAUUUAACUGGUAGCUCUUAGUUCUCAAAAAUAGGUUCAUUCUGCUAUGAGAACAAUUCCAAAGUGGAGACAAGAAUUCUUCCACCCAUAUGGUAGUUUUGAAUUGCUUAGCAUCUUAUUUACAAUUGACUAUCUAUCAGGAUGCUAGAUUAGUUAUGCUCCUAUUUAAGUUUACUGUCUUCCUAUUUAAGAAUAAAACAUAUAUCACAACUCAUUUGUUUACUUCUAUAUUUACACUUGUGUAAACCAGAGUAAGGAGUCAAGAAAAACUUCAUAAAUACACAAAACUGCUCCUUACAGUCCUAUAUAUUCCCCAUUGCUCAUGGAUAAUAUUUAACAUCUAGCAUCCUUGGUAUUGAAUGUGAGGGUCUUUACAACACAGCCCCCUCCAUUACAACAUUAUCUCUGCCACUUCCUCAUUUUCUCCUCAUCUCUUUUAUAUUCCAGCUUUGCUUGACUAAUUGCCAUUUCCAAAACAUGCCACGUUCUUCCAAGCUUUAUACCAUUCCCUCUAUCUCUUUUACUUGCAAAACCCUAUUUAUUUUUUAGUUCUCAUAUCCGUAUUAUUUUAUAUACUACUGUUCUUGGGCUAAGGCAAAAAAUGUCACUGCCUUAUUUAUGUUUUAUAAUACUUUUAUAACCACUAUUAUAUCACAUAUUUGUUUUUAUAUAAUCAUUCACUUAUAUUUAUGUUUUCCCAGCAAGAUUCUUAAUUUUCUCAAGAAGUUAAUAGACCAAUUCUAUAUUUUGCUUUAGAUUCGUGCCUUCUACAAAGCCUUCCACGAUGUUUGGCAUACAAUAAGCCCUCAAAAAAUGUCUACUGAAUUAAGUUAAACAUGAUUCUAGAGGCCUGUGCAAUAGGUCAUUGGCAUCAUCCAGCUUCUCACAAUUUCAUUGCAUAUUCUUCAAAUCAACACUUAGAAUGACAAUUAGAUUACACAGCAUAAUUUUCCCCAAUGGGUGGGGCAUUUUAACCAGUCUUGCCCAUCUUUUUUUCUUGUGAUGUCAUGAGGGUGCCUUGAACAUGCAGUCGAAUUCCACACACAGAGCAGUCCUUUGUUCUUAUCAACAUCUCACAGCCUGUGAAGCUCUCAGUGUGCCUCUGUCCUUUGCCACAAACAUGAGGCUCACAUUCCCUCUCAUGGCCAUAGUCCUGGAAAUUGCCAUGAUUGUUUUAUUUGCAUUAUUUGUUGGGUAUGAAACGGACCAGACUAUUCUCCAGCAGCUCAACAUCACCAACUCAACAGACAUGGGCAAAUUCCUUGAGUUAUAUCCUCUGUUCCAAGAUGUACAUGUUAUGAUAUUUGUUGGGUUUGGCUUCCUCAUGACCUUCCUGAAGAAAUAUGGCUUCAGCAGUGUGGGUAUCAACCUACUCAUUGCUGCUUUGGGCCUCCAGUGGGGCACUUUUGUACAGGGAAUCCUGCAUAGCCAGGGACAGAAAAUUACCAUUGGAAUCAAAAACAUGAUAAAUGCAGACUUCAGCACAGCCACAGUUCUGAUAUCUUUUGGAGCUGUCCUGGGAAAAACGAGCCCCACCCAAAUGCUGAUCAUGACAAUUAUAGAAAUUGCUGUAUUUGCUGGCAAUGAAUAUCUGGUUGGUGAAAUAUUUAAGGCCUCUGACAUUGGAGCAUCAAUGACGAUCCAUGCGUUUGGGGCCUACUUUGGCUUGGCUGUAGCAGGCAUCUUGUAUCGAUCUGCACUGAGAAGAGAGCAUAAAAAUGAAGAGUCCACUUACUACUCAGACUUGUUUGCAAUGAUUGGGACUCUCUUUCUAUGGAUGUUUUGGCCCAGCUUUAACUCGGCCAUUGCUGAACCUGGAGACAAACAGUCCAGGGCCAUUGUAAACACAUACUUCUCUCUCGCUGCCUGUGUGGUCACAGCCUUUGCCUUCUCCAGCCUAGUGGAGCGCCGAGGCAAGCUCAACAUGGUUCACAUUCAGAAUGCCACCCUUGCUGGAGGAGUUGCCGUGGGCACUUGUGCGGAUAUGGCAAUUCACCCAUUCGGUUCUAUGACCCUUGGGAGCAUUGCAGGAGCGGUCUCUGUGAUUGGAUACAAGUUCCUGACUCCACUUUUUACUACGAAACUGAGGAUCCAUGAUACAUGUGGGGUCCAUAACCUCCACGGCUUACCUGGUGUAAUAGGAGGCCUUGCAGGCAUUGCGGCAGUAGCAUUGGGCGCCUCCAACACGUCUGUGGCCAUGCAGGCAGCUGCACUGGGUUCCUCUAUUGGAACAGCAAUUGUUGGAGGUCUGAUUACAGGUUUAAUUCUAAAGUUGCCUUUUUGCGGACAGCCAUCUGACCAGGACUGCUAUGAUGAUUCUGUUUAUUGGGAGGUGCCUAUAUUGAGAGAGCCUGACCAUCACUUCCAUGGACAUGGUGACCACAGCCAGCUGGAACCUGAAGUCUAAACACCAUUCCUGCUCUCCAGCUUCCUUUCCCAUUAUGAAGAAUCAAGUCCAAAAAAAAAAAGGCAGUAACCAAAGAGAGUAUGGACCAGAGUGAAUAGAUCCUAAGUCUCAAAUGGCCAGUGUAAAGAUGUCCUUAUGUCUGAUGCUGUCUCUUGCUCUUCAAUGACUAAUUGAGGGGAUGUGACUCAUAAAACAGAUAAUCAAAUAGAUCUUCUCCAGGAUUCCCAAAAUGCUUUUGGCAGUGAGUAAAUACAGAGUAAACAUGUCAGUUUCUUAAUGUAGACACUAUGUCUUCAAUUCCCAAAAUUAUAAAACUGAAACCCGUGAAGCAAGAAUAGAUGUGAGAAAUCUAUGUAAAAAACAAAUUAAAGAAAUGCAUGUGUGUAAAGUAGUAAUAUGAUGAUUUUAGGUAGUGCUUUUCAUUUUAAAAAUGGUCUAGUUAGUAAUGUUGUAUCCUUGCCUGAAUAUUAUUCUGAAUUCCUUUUGCAUGUUUACUAUUUGCAAUGAGCUCAAAUGCUAUCUGAUCAAAGCCUAUUUUGUAUAAAAUGUCCAAUAAUUAAAUAUUGUUAUAAAAUAAAACAUUAGUCUUUGAGUCUCCUUUCUUUGGUAGUUGGAAUUCAUGUCAGUAACAAGCACAUGUGCGCACACCACACACACACACACACACACACACUUCAUAUUUAGUCCACACUCAAUUUAAAUAUAUUAUUUGUCAUGUAUUUGCUAUUUUUAAAAAAUCAAGUUAAUGACUCAUUAUAGAAUGUUGUAAAAAGUUAAGUUUUAGAAAAGAUAACUGACAUAGUCAAAAGAUCAUUUUUAAGAAAAAUCAAGUAACUUAUUUUUUCUAUCUGGAAGCUUUUAAGAUUUUUCUUCUAGCCUUGGAGUCCUGAAAUUUUCCCAAGAUAUAUCUAGGUACCAACAAGGCAAUCAGUCCUCCCAUAAUUAACAGAAUGCCAGCUUCUGAAUGAACUUACAAAUUAUAACUAAGAGUGGAUUAUUUAAUAUUUUAUUCCUUGAAAAAAAUACAUCAUGUAUAUUUUGUUCAUGUAUCUUACUUGACAUUGUUGACUUCUUUUAAACACACAUCAGAACUUCUUUCAAAUAGGUGUUUUGGAGUGUGCUCACUUAUAAAGUCCACUGUUCACUCCCUUCUGAUCCUUACAAAGAAUCAUUUCAUUACCAGGGUAAUGAGACCUCCUCCCCGCUCUGCUGGUCAUAAAGCAAAUCUUGGAGGGCCUUGGGUAUACUUAGGAACAUGUAAGUCAGUCUGUCAUUUUUAUGUGCUAAGGAACUGGCUCAUGAUCAUCUUCACUCCCUGGCUUGUAAACAUUCUCUCCUGCCUUUCUACAGGGCAGUUCUUGUAGGUAAAAAAGCCUUACUUUUCCAGUUCUGAGUUAGUGGUCUUCUUUUCACAGUAGAAUAAUAUCUUUUUUAUCUAUCUUGCCUGGAAUUUGGUGAAGCAUUUCAAUUGUAAUACUUGAGUCUUCUGUUCAGAUACAUUUUGUUCUACUAUUUAGUAACUUUGUCCUCUUCAACUGUUAAUUUUUUCUUUUUCUGGCGCUCUUGUUAUUCAUAUGGCAAGUCUGCUUGGACUCUUAUACAAGAUCUUCCCGAUCGUUAUUUCAUUGGUUCUAUUCAUCCAUUUCAUCAAUUUAUUUUUGUUUGUUUCAUUGUUUGCAAAUCAUGGUCCGUUUUUGUAGGUCCAGCAAAUCUGUGUGUGUGUGUGUGUGUGUGUGUGUGCGCGUGCGCGCGCGCGUGCACACGCAUGCAUGUAUAUAUGCCAUGCUUGAAUUUCCUUACUUUUAUAAUUUUGUUUAUUGGAGAGGGGUGCUACUUUUGUUCAAGUUCAAAAUCUGUCUGCAAAACUUAUAUAACAUUAUACUUUAUCUGUUCACACACACAAAAAAAAAACAUUUAGGAUGUUAACUAAUACUCUAUUUAUGAUAAUAGAAAUCUCAAGCUGUACUUAACAUGAUCAAUUUCAGGAAGUUUUUGUUAUUUUUUUUUCUUAUCUAAAUCUGAAAGAUUGACUCAUGAUUACUAACUGCAAUUUCAGACCCUUUGGUGAAAGCUACAAUCUUCAAGCUUCCCCAACCCUUUUUUCCACAGUCUGUAACCUGUUUCUUGCACAAGACAAGAACACUCUGCUGAACAGGGGUAUAGGGGGACUUCACUAGUAGCUGUGUUUUGUUAGGAGCCACUUACUUUGGGUGUUUUCUUGAUUCUCUUCACUUUGAGUGCUGGAACCAUUAGAUAGAUUGUCCGUUUUCUUUUUGUCUAUUCACUGAGGGUUAAAUUCCAGCUGCUGAGAUACCUUGGGUGA